AUGAAUCCUAUUAAUUUAAAUACAUUAAACAACGAUGAAUUAAGUAAAAUAAUGGACUCAUUCGAUUACAUCCUUACUGAUUGUGACGGGGUACUUUGGCACCACAAUAACCCAAUAGCUGGAGCUGCCGAGGUUAUGAACUCUUUUGUAGGUCUAGGAAAAAAAGUAUUCUACAUCACGAACAACAGCACCAAGUCUUGCGAAGAAUUCCUUGAGAAAUUUAAUAAUUUAAAAUUUCCUGCGCAUGAAGAUAAUAUUUUGUGCACUUCAUACUUAGUUGCCAAGUAUCUUAAGAAUAAAAAUUUUCAGAAGAAAGUUUAUAUGAUUGGAUCUGCAGGAAUUGCAAAAGAACUUGAUAAAGUCGGUAUUGCUCACGUUGGCCUUGGCAAAGACCCGAUAACGUCAGACGAUUUAUCAUUCAAAUACUUCAAGCCAGAAUCCGAUAUCGGAGCCGUUGUUGUUGGAUUCGACUUACACUUUAAUUACCUCAAAGUAUUAAAAGCUGCUACGUACUUAAAUAACAAAGAUGUUGAAUUUAUUGCUACUAAUACUGACGAACAGUUUCCUGGUAUCAAUAACAUGAUUAUACCGGGUACUGGAAGUCUCGUAAAAUGUGUAGAAACCUGUUCAGAGCGCAAGCCAACAGUGAUGGGCAAGCCUUCGACUUACGUCUCCGAAAUGUUAUCAAAAAAUUAUCAGAUAAAUCCUGAACGUACUCUGAUGAUCGGGGACCGCGCUAACACCGAUAUUUUGCUCGGCAAACGCUGCAAUUAUAAAACGUUGUUAGUAUUGACUGGCGUAAGUACCGUCGAGCAUUUGGAGAAGUGGAAGAAAUCGAGCGACCCAAGCGAGCUCGAGUUGGUACCCACUUACUACGUAAAUUCAAUAGCUGAUCUGCUUACCUGCUUAAAAAAAAAUUAAAUAUCCCAAUCAAUAUUAAUAAAAAUAGUUACCUCAACUUAAAGUCAAUUAUUUAA